AUGAGCAAUUUCCUCUUUCUCAAGUUGGAGUUGUGCCAUUUUAAUUUGAAAACGUGGAUCCAGGCCGGGCGCGACGUGGCGGAAUCUGUUGCAAUUGAUCGAGUUCAAAAAGUGGGACAAAGUUUGGACGUUAUGACUCAACUUUCCCGCGGGUUGGACUACGUUCACGGGAAGGGAUAUAUUCACAGGGAUUUAAAACCGAAUAAUAUUUUGGGAAAGAUUUGUUCGGAUGAUCAAGUUGUCUGGAAGAUCGGCGAUUUUGGUCUAUCCGUCCCCUUCUUUGCGGAAACCGCGUCUUCCUGGAAGAACGAGGGGGCAGGGUGCGACUUGUACCGCAGUCCGGAAAUGAUUACGGGCCUAGGUUACUCUGAAAAGACGGAUAUUUACAGUUUGGGCCUCAUCUUUCUUCAACUCUGCUCCAUACUUUGGGGCGGAUUCGACCUAGCCUUGGUUGUCUCGGAACUCAGAAAGCUGACAUCUGAUACCGGACACGACCUCAUUCUCGCCAACUUGUGCGGUGCGAAGGACCCCUUAUUCCGCGACAUUCUGAACACUAUGCUGUCCUUACGACACACCCGCCGCCCCACCGCGAGAGAACUACUGGUCGAAUUUAUUCAUGCGGAGGACCAUUAUUUUAAGGAGAACGAGAGAGACGACGUGUUCCUGAUACAAGAUUUUUAA